AAAUCCUCGAGCGAGGGAAAAUAGGAAUACCCUGAGAAAAUCAUUUUCAGUAAUGGAAAACAUUUCCCAUUCACUUCCCAAGAGGAGUUGCGCCGGAACUGGAUACAUUUCUCACAAGUCAGUGUACGACGACGUUUUUGGGGGCCCACCGAAGUUCGGGCUCUCCACAUUGGCGCCUCGGUUUGAGGACUAUGCUGAGAUUUUUGGUGGCUUUCACUCGGUUCGAUCUUCUUCCAUUCCGGUUUUGGAUCUUCCUGUAAUUGAUGAGGAGGCGGGGUUUCAUUUUGAUAUUCGGAGUCCUGAUUUUAAAUAUUUGGAGGUUUUCGGGGAUUUCGGUGGCUUGGAUUUCGCAUUGUCGUAUGAGGAAUUGGUUGGACAUUCCAGCGGCGGAUAUGAUUCCUCUGAGGAGGCAUGGAGUCCAGCUGAAAGUGAGUCUCUGUCGGUUGAAUCAGACCCUUCAGCAAGUUCUGGAAAAUACUACAACUUGUCAAAUGGAGACCAUCUCCAGUCAUCUGAUGACAUUAAGCUGUUCAAUGUUUCUUACCACAUGUCUAACCGAAGAUGCAUGGAAAGUAUAGCAACCGAAUCCACACAUGUAACUCAGUUACCUGCUAUUUCUAGAUGUGCUUACACAUUUAAUGAUGUGUUAGUUUCCCAGAUGAGUGAAGAGGAGAGGUCAUAUUUGCAUGUUUCUAAUGAUCUUGACAGCAGUGCGGGUUGUGGUUGGACAAGCACAGGAGAGGAACUAUUCAUAAAGGGUUUGUCACACCCCUCAAAUAGUGACUCAAAGCAUGAUCUAAACUUUUUAGAGAAGCAUGGCAAGCUGAAAUCUACACUGAAUAAACCAUUUAUAACUAUAUCUGAUAUCAGCCUCAGAACUAAGCCUUCUGGACGGCCACCACCUUCAAGACCACCCCCUGCCUUUGCCGUUAAAAAUGGAGAUUCUGAUAGACAAAAUGCAACAUUUAAAGCUUUAAAUGAUUCCACCUUAGAACGGAAUGACAGUUCGUCACUGUUCUUUGACGUGGAAGUAGAUUCUUCUUCAUCUGCCAAAGCCAUGAAAGAUGCAACAGAGAAAGCUCAAACAAAAGAAUCAGUGGAUAGAAACGAGGGCCUCCAGAGUCAUAUUAAUCUGCAUCUGGAUAAUGACAUAGAAUUAGAGAGCAAGACAAGCAAGACAUUAAAUGUAAAUAACAGAUUUAAGGAUGAGAGGAUGCCACAAUCACAAGCAAAAGAAGCCAAAGCACCAAAACCUUUCGUUGAAGAAAAAAGAAGUUUGACUGAGAAUAACAAGGUAAUUUCAUAUUCCAUAGAUGGGAAAAAUCAUAUUCAUUUUGUCGAAAAACAUGUGGACACUGUUGCAUGGAGUGAAGCAACGGAUUUAUUCGAAGUUAUUGAUACAAGUCUGCCCAGAAGGGCUUCUAAAAUAGAGGAUGGCAACAUUAUGGUGGAAAAUAUGAGGCCACGUUCAAAUAGACUGCAAGAGGAAGUGGGCACUGAAGCAUAUGACCUGAUGGAAGGCUGUAAAAACAAUAAAGUGGCAAAGAAAGCUCCGGAAUGGGAUGAAGAUAGGAAUCAACUUGAAACGGAUAUGGACAUUUGUGAUUGGGAUUAUAACCAAGGAAGAUUAGUCGCAACCAAGAAGUCGAGCAGUCAGGAGCGUGAAGAGGAAGUACAAUUGGAUGAGAUGAUCUGCAAAUUUGACUUUAUUGAGAGGAAAACAAAGGUGGUCCAGCAACAUGGGCGAAGUGAAAAGGUAUUAGUUGACCCUGAUGAAAGUGUGGACAAGAAACUGGAGACUGGCAGCAAAAGAAUUGAAAGCGAGAUGAUGUGCAAGGAUGCUCGUUCAAGGAAGGAAAAAGGAACAAGACUUGAAGAAAAUAUUGAGAGAGAGGAAUGCAAGAAAAGACUUGAAGAGGUCAUUGAGCACACAGAACCUGGAAAACGAGCAAGAGAGAAACUAGAGCAAGAAGAAAGAGAGAAGCGACAACAGAACGCUUGUGAAAAAGAAGAAAACAAUAAAAAUAAAUUGUCUCGUGAAAGAAAAGAGAAAAAUAACACAAUAAAAGAGACUUUUGACCAGAAGGGGAAUGAGAAGAUACUGGAAGGAGCUGUUAAGCACGAAAGGAGUGAUAAGAACUCUAAUGUGGGUCUUGGGAAAGGUAAGAAAUGUAGAGAUGAACAACUGGAUUCCAAAGCAUGGGGGGGAAAUGAGAGACUUGUAGAGGCUCAUAAGCAGGAGGACAAUGAAAUGGAAUGCAGAGGAAUCGCUCAAAGCAAAAAUAGUAAAAAGGAUCAGUGGGGGGAUCAUGAAAGCCAAGAGAGUAAGGAAAGACUAAGUGAUGCACAUGGGAGGGAAGAGAGUGAAAUGGGGCCCAAAGAGUGUUGGACACAAAAAGAUGAUAAUAGAUCAGUAAUGAUUUUCAAGGAAGAAGAAAUUUUAAAAAGAUCACAAGAAGCUUGUGAUAUUAAAAGGAAUGAGAACUUAAGCAAGGAUACUGGUACGUGGGAUGAAUUGAGUGAGCAGGACAUAGAAAUUGAGCUUAUUGAGGUGAACGGACAUGAGGGUGAGGUGAGAAAUGAUCAGGAAAAGGAUGUACUCAUGGAAACUGGUAAUUUUGAUGCAUUUGAUGGAGGAUGUAAAUAUAAUGAAGGGAAGCUACUAGAAACUCCCAUGACUAGGAAAUAUGAUAGCCCCGGAGAACUGAAAGCAACUAGAACAGCCAUUGCUAGUGAAGAAAAUACAAAGUUUGUUACUGAACGCAAAAUCAGUGUUUCUGAAUCCAAUGACGGAACCAAACUUCUGUUUAAAGGAAAAUUCAACUCUUCUACUCAGAAUAGGGAUGGCUUGCAAGAUGAGAAUGGUGAAAACAACUUUACAGAGUCACCUUGUCUACCUGAAUGCAUUACAAAUUCAAAGAAAGCUGAAGCUUGUGUGGGGAAUACAUGCUAUAUGCCAGAGAAGUCAGCAUCUGAAAUUGUAUCUAAUCAUGAGAGUAAGACUGCACUUGCUCCCGAAGAAGAGAGCAGGAAGAGCAUAAAGGGAGUUCUAUCCACCAUCAACACUAAAGAGACCAACGAUAGGUCCAUAUCAGGUCUCGUAGUGGCUGAGUUGGUUCAAAACGGGAAAAAAAUGGUAGGCACUUCAUCAGUUGUUUCAGAAGAAAGAGAAAAAAAACUAAACCUGGGCCAACAAGGUCCAAGCCAUAGCACAGAAAGAAAAGAGAAGAAUUUGAAUGAGACAUUGGCUACAAAAGACCGAAAAGUAGAUGGAAGACUUGGAAGGGAAAGAGAACUGGAAAAUGAACAUCUGAGAAAAUUGGAAGAAGAGAGGGAGAGAGAAAGAGAAAGAGAGAAGGACAGGAUGUCUCUGGGCAGAGAAGCCCUUGAAGCUCAUGAAAGAUCAUAUGCUGAAGCUCGUGAGCGAGCAGAAAGAGCUGCAGUGGAGAGAGCUACUUCUGAAGCAAGGCAAAGAGCUAUGUCAGAUGCUCGAGAAAGAUUAGAUAGGACAUCAAUGGAGGCUAGGCUCAGGGCAGAACUUACUCCAGUAGAGAGAACAGCUGUAGAAGCGUGGCAGCGUGCUGUUAAAAAAUCAUUAGUCAAGAAGAAUACCUUUGAGGUCCAGGAACAAGUAGAAAGAUCUAUUACUGAUAGAUUUUUGGGUCCUUCCAGAUGUGCUGCAUCUGAACUUCAUGACCGUCAGUUCCGAAAUACAGGAAACUUGAAUGGAUUGAGAUAUUCAUAUUCUUCAGCACAUGUUGGUGAUGAAGGUGAAUCACCUCAGAGAUGUAGAGCUCGGUUAGAGAGGUACCAGAGAACAGCAGAGCGUGCAGCUAAAGCCCUAGCAGAGAAAAAUAUGCGUGAUCUUCUUGCUCUAAGAGAACAAGAAGAGAGGAAUAGAGUUGCGGAAACUCUGGAUGUUGAGGUCAAGAGAUGGUCAAGUGGAAAAGAAGGAAAUCUCCGUGCAUUGCUUUCGACUUUGCAAUAUAUCCUUGGGCCUAAUAGUGGUUGGCAGCCGAUCCCAUUAACUGAAGUUAUAACUUCUGCAGCUGUAAAAAGAGCAUACAGGAAAGCCACUCUUUGUGUGCACCCUGACAAAUUACAGCAGCGUGGUGCAACUAUUCAACAAAAAUAUACAUGUGAGAAGGUUUUUGAUCUUCUAAAGGAAGCAUGGAACAUGUUCACAUCGGAAGAACGGUAGCUUGAGGCCUUUUCUGCUUGGUGAACAUUUGCCUUGUAAAUUUAGGAUCAGCGAGCAAGUGAAUUUUCUUUAUAUAUUUAUGGUACACUUAUUUCUUUUCUAUAGUUUGCAUGUAAGCUUAAGCUUCAAGAAUGUUUGUAGGAAUAUAUAUGAAAAAAGUAGACAUGCCUAAAUAAAUCAAUGUCUGAGCGCUUUGGAAUCGGGAUUAGACUGGACUGGUUGGCUCAACCAGUUCGACUGUCCAUGGUCCACAAAGGCUUUAGUGUGUAAUUAUGUUGUUGAUUAAUUUGCCAGGACAAGUGAUUUCAAAUUAAAUUAUUAUAUCAUUAUGUACAAAUAGUAUUACUCUUUAUUGAGAUGGGCAAAUUUCAAUCAAAAUUUG